CGAAGGUGAGGGGUAAUGUCUGUGGAGAAAGGGGUUCCGUUAGACUAUUCGCUCUGGGGUAUGAGGGAUGUGCGGGGUAAGCAGCCCAGAGCAGUGAGGGGACGCGGCAAGGCCCGAGGCCAGGCCCGGGGUCACGGGCGGUCGCACCUGGAGCCAGGAAGCAGAGGGGCGCAGAUUCGGCGAGAAAAAUUGUGGGUGCCCUGGAACGGGCUCGUUGUGAUCGGGAAGAGAAUGGAGCUCCUGGGUAGACAUACACAAAAGCCUAGGAUGUGGGGCCCCAAGCUUGACGCUGAGAACUGGAGACUGGACGGUGUGGAAAAGAGGGUCUUGAAAGAGAAGUCAGGCCAGAGUCAGGAAAGGAUGGAUGUGAAGCUACUGCCCAGUGUAGCAGGUGCAUUACAGGCUUCAGCAGGUUUGGGGAAAAACAGCCCAAGGGAGAUGUGGGGAAAGCAAGAACUCAGAGGCAAAAUAGGUGCUGAAUCUGAAAGUGCAGGCACUACAGCAGGGUCUAGGAUGGGGUCUGGUUUUAAAGACAGGUUGAAGGUUACUGGGGUACGGACCAGCGGAGAGGACUUGAGAUCCAGGGGAUAUACACUAGGGCAGAAUGAGGAGGAGCUGAGGUCCGGUGGAGAGAAGUUAAGGUCAAGUAGAGAGAGGCUGAGGUCAAGUGGAGGAAAGCUGAGUCUGACUGGAGAGAAGCUGGGGUCAAGUGGAGAGAACCAGGGAUCCCGGGGAGAGAAGCUGGGAACUAGUGGGGAGGAUUUGAGAUCCACUGGAGAUAAACUGCAGUCAAGUGCAGAAAAGCUGGGGCCUAGUGGAGAGAAGCUGGAGGAUUCAGGAAUGGGCAGCAUAAAUGAAGAGAGCAUUGAAAGGUUGAUAGAAGUUACUGGUGCUGAGAUGGAAAUUCCUGUUGAAAGAGUGGAAGGGAAUGAUGAGCUCGAAGGGGCUAAGGAGGCGGGAAUUGGGGAGGAUGUCUUGGAGGGGGUGAAUGAUAUUGCUGACGAAUCUGUUUCCGCGGAAGAGAAAGAGGUUAUAGGUGAAGGUAGUGGUGAAGGAGGCAGAUGAAGGACUGGAGCUAAAGAAAGAAAGGGAAGCAGAGAGCGGAAGUGUUGCAAGU